GCAACAGACCGCAGUCCUAAAACGACGUUGCUACCCAGAAAAUUUCAGAGACAUUUUGCGGUUUCAAAUCUCAAGCCGAAGAACACUAAAAUUCAGAGUCGAAUCAGGCAAAAAAGAAAAAAGGGAAAAAGGAAUUGGUCUGAGAAUGCCUCAGGUGAAGAUAAUCGCGAAGAAUUUCAUGGACAUGGUGGCCUCCUUGCCCGCCAUGAAGCUCGACAAGCUCUACGAGAACGCUUUCAUCUGCGAAGCCAUUCUCAGGUCUCUGCCACCUCUGGCCAAGAAGUAUGUUAUACAGAUGUUGUACAUUGAUGUUCCAAUAACAGCCAAGUCUAUGGAGGAGUGGGUGCUUCCAGAUGGGUCCUCAAAGCAUAGAGUCGCGAUUGAUAGGUUGAUUCAGUUACGGAUAUUCACUGAAACUGCUGACAGGAGAAGGGAAACAACUUACAGAAUUAAUCCAACAUUCCAGACAAACCUUCAAAAGCUUUUAACACUUGGCGAAGUUUUACCAAGGGAACCAAUGCCUUCUGACAUAACUGUGAGGCUCCCAAGCUUGGAGGAUCUUGAGGUUUAUGCCCUUGAACAAUGGGAGUGUUUCUUGCUCCAACUUAUAAACUCGGCGCAAGCUGAAAGGCCAUCAAAUAUCAGCUCUUCUAUGAUGAAAAUUUUCCAGCGAGGCCUUUUGAGUCAAAGGGAGAAAGAAGCUCCACGAUUAACUGAAAGUGGUUUCCAGUUCUUGUUGAUGGACACAAAUGCACAACUUUGGUACAUCAUCAGAGAAUACAUCUCUAAUUCUGAGGAGCGAGAUGUGGACCCAGCCGAUUUGAUUUCAUUCUUACUAGAGCUUAGUUUUCAUGUCACAGGAAAGGCAUAUAAUAGUAACACAUUGACGGAGAUUCAGAAGAGUUGGAUCAAGGACCUCACAGACUUGGGAUUGGUUAAACUUCAGCAGGGGAUGAACGAGAGUUGGUUUAUACCUACUAAAUUAGCUACCAAUCUUUCAGUGUGCUUAACAGAUUCAUCAUCACGGAAACAAUUGAUUUUUCUCUUUUUGUCUGGUUGCAUUUGA